AUGAGCUCAGCCGAGAUCCCUCGAAACGAUUCAACGUGUUCGGACAAGACUCUCGCCCCUUCCUCUAGUAACGAUCCUGCCAAUGGCGAUGUGACCGAUCAACACAAGGUCAAGUUGAGUCAAAGUAGGAAAUGGGGUUUGUUGGCGAUUUUCAGUGUCGCUCAGUACCUUGACUUGUCAGCUGUAGCUGGGUUAUUCAUAUUUACCGAUCCUAUAUCUCGAGAUCUCGGUAUACUAUAUGAAUCUUCCACAUGGAUCGUUACCGCAUACAUCGUGACUUUCGCAUCCUUCCUCUUAUUUUUCGGUCGCUUGUCAGACCUCUUCUCCGCCAAACCAGUGUUCACAUGGAGUUUCUUCAUACUCGGUGUCCUCAACUUGAUCAUCUCAUUCAUGAAUGACCAAUACGCUUUUUUCGUGCUGAGAGCUUUAGCAGGCAUUGCAGGUGCAGGUACUAUCCCUUCAGCAUUCCGAUUGAUCGUAUCGAUAUUCGAACCAGAAGAGCUCAACGUCGCAUUUACGAUUUUCGGUCUCAGUGCGGCCAUAGCAAAUGGUACGGGACUGAUCAUAGCGGGUUUGUUCGGAUUCAUCACUGCAGGAGGUCAACAAUCAGCUUGGAGGUGGUUUUUCAGGAUGUUCGCCAUCAUCUGCAUUCCAUUCUCCUUACUAGCUCUGGGGUUAGUGCCCAAGAUCAAAGGUGAAAGUGCCACUGGAACAUCUACGAGAGAAAAAUACAAACGAUUAGAUAUGGUCGGCACACUCACUAUGCUCUUCGCCAUCAUCCUCAUCAUCCUGGGAUUAACCCUAGGAGCAAGUUAUGGAUUCAAAUCUGCCAAAUUCAUCGUUCCUUUCUUAUUAUCUUGGCCGUUGUUCAUUGCAUUCUUCAUUUGGGAAUCUAGACUACCUGAAGAAUACGCUUUGAUCCCUUCCUCCUUCUGGAAAAUCAGAAAUAUGAAGGUUGUUAUGGCACUUGCAUUAGGUGGAUUCACUUGGUGGAAUAUGUAUCAGUUAGUAUUGGUCGAGAGAUUCCUCAAAGUGUUCGGAGAAUCACCAAUCAUUGCUGCGAUCCGGAUUUUCCCAUCGGGGAUAGCUGCCGUCGCAGUCGCAAUGGUGAUGCCCAGAUUACUAUCUACUUUCAAGGUUCAGUCUUACAGAUGGAUCAUCUCUUUCGGAUCGAUCAUUGCUGCUUCCACCUAUUUACUCAUGAUCUAUUCCAAAGGAGAGAUAUACGAUAAUGCUUAUUGGAGGUGGAUCUUACCUGCUUUGUUGGUUGGAAGUGCAAGUGCCAUGGCUGUCUAUCUAGGUACAAAUAUCACCGUGAUGACUUCGGUACCACCUUCCAUGUCCGGCGUGGCAGGUGCGAUCCUCCAAGUGUUCUUGCAAAUUGGCAAUGUCACUGGUUUAUCCGUCCAAGCUGGUUUCUUGACCUUGAAUGAAGGAAGUGUAACCAACUUUUCGAAUGUCCAAGCUUCAUUCUGGUUCGAAUUUGGCUGGUUGGUCUUGAACGCUUUGAUGGCAAUGAUUCUGUUCAAGAACAACAAAGUGGAAGAUGUCGAAGAGGGAAAGAAGGGGGAGAAUGAGGUAUCCAUGGUGAUCUGA